CACAGGAUAGCUUUAACGUCCCAGGCCUGUCAACCGGAAGUGUGGAUGUAAACAUUGAGUUUGAGAAAAGAAGCUUUGAUAGUUUUUUCUCCCAGGUUUAAAGUAGUUUUGCAGAAGUAGUUACUGAUUUUUAUUAAAACGAUGUAAUCUGCGGCGGCGUAUCAGGUGAUUUAUCUUUUAAUCAGUCAACAUACAUGGGAAACUGUUAGCUGUGCGUUAGCUCGGCGGCUAAACGACCUAGCAGCGAUGCCUCAGGACGGAGAGCUGUCUCUGCCUCUGGUCCGCUCUCUCGACAGUCGGAUACCCGUGAAUGCUUUGUUCUGUAACCGCAGCUCUCGCGUCGUACGGCCGCUGUGGAUAGAUUACCGCGGCGAGCCUAAACCGUACCCCAACAUACACCCAGCGACGUCGUCCCAGAUGAACACCUUCGCAGGUCACCCGUGGAUGUUCAGAGAUGCAGACACUAAUGAGCCACUGAGGGCGAACUGCAAAGAAAUGUUUCUUCCUAAACCAGUAGAGGGUGGAAAUACUACAUCUGUUACUAUCACCUUACCAGUUCUCAGCCUCAAGGAUCGUGCUCUUCAGGUGAUUCGCCAUCUGGUGCGGCCAGAAGACUACAGGAGGUUGGAAAUCGCGCGAUCUCUUCACGACGAUCUGGAAGAAGAGCCCAGUGUGUUGAGAGAUCUACACCGCAUAAACCAGAGAGUAGCGCAGCAUCUGCUGGAGAAGCUCCAAGGCCAGGAGGAAUGAAGCAUGAAGCUUGGUGGAUAAUGGUUACUCAUUGACAGCAAUAUUAUAUUCCACAUUAUAAGGGAGCAAAGAAGCCUGAAUUGCUAAAAUCCCCAGAGAUCUCACAUUUCCUGAUACAUAUUCACUUGCAGAAAAAAGAGACAAUUUAUAUAAUGUAGUGACAGUAUCUACAAUUAAAUAGCAUUAAUUGUUCUCUGAAAUGUUAUUUAAAUGUCCAGUUUGUAAGAUUUAAUUGGCUCUAUUUAUAGAUUAUAGCAAAAAAAAGUGUAACAUAAUAUUGAUAACUAUGUUUUCAUUAGUGUAUAAUCACCUGAAAGAUCCACAGAGUCCAUCAUGUUGAACUGCCUUUCACGGUCACCAUAGUUUUUCCUUAACACUAGGAAGGAGAGAGUGAGACAAGGGGUUGUAAUCAGCAACUACACGGCUAGAUGCCACUAAAUCCGACCGACUGGUCACUUUAAGGAUUUCAAUGUUAAUUUCUAGAAGGCCACUAGAAAAAAUAAAAACGCCUCCCUGAUUAUGUUACUCUCCACUUUAUUUUGCCAUACAGUCCUGUUCUGUAAAAUCCUCUUCAAUCAUUUGUUUAAGAAGGAAUUUACAAGAACGUUGUGGACUGACCUCCUAAAUAUCAGAGUUUAUUAAGGACAUUGAAUAAAAAGUAUAUAGUCACAUUAGAUAUGAAUUUCAGGACAUUAUAUGUUGUUAAUAUUCUUGUUUGGGAUUAAGACGAGUUUAUCUUUAUUUAACCAUUUUACUGCACAUCUCAACUCAAAGAACAUCUUACUUAGUUAUCCUUGCUUUUAGACUUAAUUGUUUAAUCAUCAUCAAGUUAAUCUAUUCUGGUAGACAAAGGCAAAAAAAAAAAGUUAAAACUGAAUACUUAAACUGUGACAGGUUUAACAAUUAAGCUAUGAAACACUGUGAUGGAGAAGCUCUCAUUUUUUGGUUUUGCCUACUUUGUGAUUCUUUGCCUCAUUUGUUCCUCUGUCACGCUGUUUUAAAAUCACACAUUGCUACUGUAUCUCAAAGAAUUGUGUAUUUGUAAUAAAUAAAUAAAUAAAAGAUAUAUUUCUUACUGAAAAGC